AUGGGUUCGCCGCGCCCGAAUAACGGCGAUUUGCAUCUCGAUUCCUCUCAGAUACCAACUGAAUCUCAGUCCACGAUACGAAACCCGCUGAACGCAGAAGGUGCAGCGCAAGGUUUGCAAGACGAUGGUUCAGCUCCAGCAUCGGUUGCGCAGAAAGGGGAUCAAGCAGACGCCAACAGCCAGAGGGAGGGCCAAAAAACGCCAGACUCGGCCGAAGACGUCGUCCUGCCUCGAGAUCGACAGCAGAAGACGCCCAGCUACAACUAUGCCUACGAGAAAUCUAUGAGCCAUGCCGAAGCCAGGCUCUUCUACCAGCGCCAACUGGCGUCGCGAAAUGCGGAGAGCGAACCGCAGAGUCCGACACUAGCCGCUCGAGAUGAUUUGCCUAGUCGAGCACACUCGCGCAUGAGCAGUCGGGGCUUCAGUGGUCCCAAUGGUGCUUCGGAGGUGACUGCAGCUCCGUAUGGGCCUCGAACCUCUGCUCCUCAUCCCGGAAUGUUGGCAGGUUCGCAGAACACCACCUCGUAUGCACGCCUACCUGCUGAGGUCUUGAUAGCAGCUGAUCAAUCUGCAAGAAGCCAUGCUAUGCAUCCCGGGCUUCCCCACGAGCACAAACCAUACCUGUUAGCGACAGAGGGCAUCCACGGAGCCGGUGCUGGUAUUGGGGUUGGUCAAGGUGCUGGAGGCUAUGCACCCAGUGACGAAGCGGUCACGUCGGAGUUGAGUCUGAUCUGCCGUAAGAUCCAAAACCUACUAGACAUGCGAAAUAAGUAUAUUACGCUCUCACUGCAGGGACCUGGUCAUAACCCCAAGGACCAACCAGGCUGGAGAAUCUAUCCUUCUCCCCCGGAGCCUGUCUGGGGAGAUGACCUUAUCCGGAAUGGACAAACUGACAAACCGCGCAAGAAGAGGAAGAUGGGACAGGAUAUCGGUGAAGACUUUGAUAUGGAGGAAUUGAUGCCUUUACCCGGACCUUCGAACUUGACCUUUAGAGUAGAUCGCAACAGUGUGUAUCAGGUCUAUGAAACGGAGGAGGCUGCAGAUCUGGGCGAGCCGAUUGUCCAAAUUCCGUCCUUGCGGGAUUUCUACAUGGCAUUGGAUGCGAUCAUCGAUGUCUCGACGGACGGGCCGAUUAAGACGUUCGCUUUCAAGCGACUGUCGUAUCUCGAGGGCAAGUUUCAGCUCCACACGCUGCUGAACGAAUAUCAGGAGGUGGCCGACAGCAAGAAAGUGCCGCACAGAGACUUCUACAAUGUGCGCAAGGUCGACACUCACGUCCAUCAUUCUGCGUGCAUGAACCAGAAGCAUCUACUUCGCUUCAUCAAGAGCAAGAUGAAGAAGUCCCCUGACGAGGUUGUUCUCUUCAGAGAUGGAAAGCACUUGACGCUCAAGGAAGUGUUUGAGAGUAUCAACUUGACGGCGUAUGACCUGAGUAUCGAUACCCUGGAUAUGCAUGCACACACGGACACGUUCCACCGCUUUGACAAGUUCAACCUGAAGUACAAUCCCGUGGGGGAAUCGCGACUGCGUGAGAUCUUCCUCAAGACGGAUAAUUACAUCAAAGGACGCUACCUAGCCGAGAUCACCAAGGAGGUCAUGUCCGAUCUCGAGUCCAGCAAGUACCAGAUGGCGGAGUGGCGUAUCUCCAUUUACGGAAGGUCAAUCGAUGAGUGGGAUAAGCUGGCCGCCUGGGUCGUCGACAACAAGCUAUUCUCGCCUAAUAUUCGAUGGCUCAUCCAAGUACCUCGACUGUAUGACGUGUACAAGUCCAGUGGGAUGAUGGAGACUUUCGAGCAGGUCAUUACGAAUGUCUUCCAACCUUUGUUCGAGGUGACGAAAGAUCCCUCCAGCCAUCCCAAGUUGCACAUUUUCCUUGAGCGUGUGAUCGGUUUCGACAGUGUCGACGAUGAGAGUAAAGCAGAACGUCGAUUAUAUAAGAAAUACCCCAUCCCGCGGGAGUGGGAUACGAAACAGAACCCGCCAUAUAGCUACUGGAUCUAUUUCAUGUUCGCCAAUAUGGCCUCUCUGAAUACUUGGCGAAAGCAGCGCGGCUUCAACACCUUUGUCCUGAGACCGCACUGUGGUGAAGCGGGUGAUCCCGAUCAUCUGGCGGCAGGAUUCCUAUGUUGUGAGGGCAUCAGUCACGGAAUUCUCCUUCGCAAGGUGCCGCUGCUACAGUAUCUGUUCUACCUGGACCAGAUCGGAAUCGCCAUGUCGCCGCUGAGUAACAACGCCUUGUUCCUUACAUAUGACAAGAAUCCGUUUGCCGGCUUCUUCAAGAAGGGUUUGAAUGUCUCUCUUUCGACCGACGAUCCUCUACAGUUCGCUUUCACAAAGGAGCCGUUGAUAGAAGAGUAUUCAGUGGCAGCCCAGAUUUAUAAAUUCAGUGCUGUCGACAUGUGUGAGCUGGCCAAACGUUCCGUCAUGCAAAGCGGGUUCGAGAUGGCUCUGAAGCAGAGAUGGCUUGGAGCGGACUGCCUCCUCCCUGGAGUAGCAGGGAACAACGUCGCCAAGAGCAAUGUGCCUGAUAUCCGCGAGGCGUACAGACACGAAACCUUGGUCGGGGAGAUUUCUCUCAUCGAACGAUAUGCGGCGUAUACGUCUCCGAAUGUGCCAGGAACGCCAGCUAAGGAGCCCCCCCGUCAGCCGUUCAACCCGAAUGUCUCUCCGCUAUUUUCGGCUAAAUCCGCCGCAGCUACCGGUACUCCUCCAGUGGUGGUAGGAGAUUCCGAUUCUCCUAUCAACCUGCACUCCCAAUUGGCCGGGCUGAAUAUAGACACGGGCAGCACUACGAACGACACUAGAACCGAUACUCGAGCUACGAGUCCGAUUCCCCAAGCCUGGAAUGCGGGCCAGGAUGCUAGUUUCGCCAUGAGUGGCAAUGCCGCCGCAGCCUCAGCUGCGGGAUCUGGUCCCAGUAAUGUUCCGGAGCAGAAGCUCUUCCCUGGGAUCGUCCACGAACGUGCCAGGAGGAGCAGCAUGAUGACCAACGCAUCUGCGGCGGGGGAGAGGCCCAAGCUAAAGAGAGAUAAGGACACAGACAACGCCAACGAGUCAGCAAUUGCUUAUGAUUACGCGUGGGAAAGCGAUGACGACUGA